CGGCACGAGGGGCUGCGCCCUGUGACGAGCCCGGGCGCUGGGAGGCAGCGCGGCGGGGCGGGGUGACGGCCGCGGCUCUAAUAAGGCCGGGGCUGGCGCUGGCCGAGGGCUGUUUGCCCCCGCCCGCCCCCGAGCAUGCAGUGCUUCCCCGGGCUGGUGCUGGCGCUGAGCUCGCUGCUGGGCGCCCUGGCGCUGCUGCAGCUCUCGCUGCACCUGCGGGUGCCGUCCCGCUACGGGAAGCACGAGGAGCGGCUGUGCCGGCCGCGGGGCCGGCUGCCGGCGCGCUGCGCCUGGUUCCUGCAGGAGCUGCCCUCCUUCCUGGUGCCCGCGCUGCUGCUGGCGCUGCGCAGCCCGCCCCGCCUCGAGCCGCUCGGCUGCCGCCUCCUCUGCUGCCUCUUCUGCUGGCACUACUUCUACAGGACAUUUAUUUACCCUUUCUUCACUAGAGGCAGACCUUUCCCACUGCAAUUGCUUUUCUUUGGCAUGUUAUUCUGUAUCUAUAAUGGCUUCCUCCAGGGGUACUACCUGAUUUACUGCGCUGAAUACCCAAACGAUUGGUGCACCGACAUCCGAUUUACAUCAGGCCUCUUCUUAUUUCUGCUGGGAAUGGGAAUCAACAUUCACAGUGAUCUCCUGCUGCGCCAGCUGAGGAAACCCGGGGAAGUCACAUACAAGAUUCCUCAAGGAGGACUGUUCACCUACGUUUCUGGAGCCAACUACUUUGGAGAAAUUGUGGAAUGGUUUGGUUUUGCCAUUGCAACCUGGUCCCUACCAGCCUUUGCCUUUGCCUUUUUCACUCUUUGCUGCAUUGGUCCACGUGCUUAUCAUCAUCACAGGUACUAUCUCAAGACAUUUACGGACUAUCCAAAAUCAAGGAAAGCCUUGAUUCCUUUUGUUUUUUAAUGAUUGAAAUAUGGACUCUUUGUUUUGUUUUUAUAGGAUUUUUUUUUCCAAUUCCUAGUUUUAACGCUAGGUCUGACUAUAAUUAAUUGUAUAGAUGAUAUCCCAGGAUUGUAACAGACAAGAAAGUAAUUUGGAAUGGAAGUUCUUGUUUUAAUUAGAGGGGAAAUUGCAGAUAGUUAUGGGCAAAAGGACUCCCCAACACAGAUAUUUGCUUCUCAGCGCAGUUCUAUCCGUGGAAAAUAAAUACGUACCUGCAUGGACAUCAGAGAAAAAAAAAAAUUAGUUAAAUAUUGUUGCAGAAAAGUAAAAAGUAAGCCCAUUACUUUGGAGAAAGUCUUCAGCAGCCACUCCAGUUCAUAGCAUUUCUGCAACUGCUCCUUCCUGCCUCCACGCUGCAGCACUCGAGCCCUCGCUCUGCUGGCAGUGCCCAAUGUGUUGCUACAUUUUAAACCAGACAGGGGGGGUCUCAUUUGCCCCAAAAAAUUACUCAGCCCAUUAUUUUUCAUCUAAAAGCCAUCUUAACUCCCAGAAACACCAUGUAACAGGAGGGAACUUGUGCUGGCACAAGGCUGGGAGCAAUGUGCCAUGGCUCAGAGGUGAGGUGAGGUACACGGAGAUGGAAGCUGGCACUCACAAGAACAAUGUCCGUGUUCCUUCCUUAAGCAUCACUUUCCUCACUGUCAGAUGAUUAAUCUUCAGGGUUUGUUUUUAAAUGUACUUUGUUAUAGCGAUUGCAGCUCCAUUAGCAUUUCUUUUCUCUUGCAAAUCCAGACAUUUUUUUCAGAAUAAAAAUUUUUCCACUCAGUUGUUGUUCAUAAAAAGAUUUGAAAUGGUGAUGCAUGACAAAAAUUACAACAAAUAAAAAGCUCUGUGUUGAAGAAAAUGUUCUCUGACACUGGCAGUACAUUUUGUCUAUGGAGAAUAUUUUCAGAUACUCUUAUUAGGAAAUGAUGCAGAGAUACUAUUGAAUUUUUACAGACAGAAUGCCUCUUCCUAACUUCAGGAUAGUUGCGAAUUUUUCAAAAAAUGUCAUUAACCCCAAUAGGAAGAGAUGUCCUCUUGAAUGCUGAUAGUUUUAUUUACCCUUCAGAGCAUAAAAUCCUGCUAAGAAUUAUGCUGAGUAGCUGGCAAGAAAAAGACCAGACUGCACACAUGAAACACACUACCUGCUGUUGGAGUAAUCUGAUUGAUUGUAUGCAAUUUCCUCCAAAACAC